GAUAUAGUGAAUGCAGGGUCCGGGGAGACCGGAUAUGGUGAAUGCAAGGUGCAGGGAGACCAGUUAUAGUGAAUGCAGGGUUCGGGGAGACCAGAUAUAGUGAAUGCAGGGUCCUGGGAGACCAGAUAUAGUGAAUGCAGGGUCCCGGAGAGACCAGAUAUAGUGAAUGCGGGGUCCGGAGAGACCAGAUAUAGUGAAUGCAGGUCUGGGGAGACCGGAUAUAGUUAAUGCAGGGUCCAGGGAGACCGGAUUAUAGUUAAUGCAGGGUCCUGCGGAGAGACCGGAUAUAGUGAAUGCGGGGUCCGGGGAGACCGGAUAUAGUGAAUGCAGGGUUCCGGGGAGACCAGAUAAUAGUGAAUGCGGGUCAGGGGAGACCGGAUAUAGGGAACGCGGGGUCCGGGGAGACCCGGAUAUAGUGAAUGCAGGGUCCGGGGAGACCGGAUAUAGUGAAUGCAGGGUCCGGGUAGACCAGAUAUAGUGAUUAUGCAGGGUCCUGGGGAGAGAUGAUAGGGAUAUGCAGGGUCCGGGAAAACAAGAUCUAGUGAAUACAGGGUCCGGGGAGACCAGAUAUAGUGAUGCAGGGUCCGGGGAGGCCAGAUAUAGUGGAUUCAGGGGUACGGGGAGACCAAGAAUAGCGAAUGCAGGGUCCGGGGAGAGACCGAUAUGGGGAAUGCAGGGUCCAGGGAGACCGGAUAUAGUGAAUGCAGGGUCCGGGGAGACCGUAUUAAAGGGAAUGCGGGGGCCCGGGGGGAGCCCGUAUAUGAAUGCGGGUCCUGGGGCCCAGAUAUGGGGAAAAUUUUGCGGGGUUUCCGGAGGGGAACCAGAUAUAGUGAAUGCGGGGUCCGGAGAGCCCAAAGUUUUUAGUGAAGCAGGGUCUGGGGGGACCGGUAUAUUUAAUGCAGGGUCCGGAGGGACCGGUAUAGUGAAUGGGGGGGUCCGGGGGGGAACCAGAAUAGUGAAAUGCGGGGCCCCGGGUUUUUGAAAAA